AUGGACGAAAUAGGAAAUCAUCGAAGACGAUUUAUCAUUUUUGAAGUUCCCGCAGAAUCAACCGCAAGAUCGCUCGAAGAACUUCUAAAUGAACCCCCUGAAGCUUCAUUCCACGAGGACUCCAGAGUUGGGGAACUUUUAGGAAACAGAGGUAUCGACCAUAGGCACCUCUAUACAUCUAUUCCUGAGGAAUUCAUGAUGCCAAAUUUUGACAUGGAAUUUCCAGACCAAUCACCCAACGAUGAACAUGAAGUUGAUCCUCUAGAAUUUCUAAUAAUAGUUUUCAGCACUUUGGCCUAUAUGCUCAUGAUUAUCUUGACGCCUCUACUUAUAAGGGAAUUUUUGCAAUCGUCUGUUACCUAA